AUGCAGCCCUACUUCAGCAUAUGUGCUCUUCUUAUAGUGACUGUUACCGUGAGUCCAGCAACUGCUGCAGCAUGGAGUGAAAAUGAUGCCACUGGAGAAGAGGUCUAUCCCCCUCUGUGGGACCUUGCCCAUGAAAACCUGCUAGAUUUCCCAAUAAAGGGCAACAAAAUCAUCAUCAAUGCUUGGAACUAUGUAGAACGACUGGGAAUGUAUAAGGCCUUACUGAAAUCUUCAGCCAAAUAUUUUGCCACAUUUGGAUCCCAAAAUUCUGGCAAUAUUCUCUGGGGAUUACCAUUGCAGCAUGGGUGGCAAUUUCAUACAGGAAGAUUGGCAGAUCCUUCCCAUGUGACUUCCUGUGGCUAUAAAGAUGGAGACCUUCUAUGCAUAUCUGUAAGAAGCUGGUGGUCUUGUAUGAACUACUACCUGGCUGUCAUACCCUUUCUGGGGGCAGUGGAGGCUGGUCUCUUUGGGCAGCUGCAGUAUGAGAUAGAAAUAUUGACACCAGAGGCGCAAAGAGAUGAUUUCUGUUAUAGUGUUGUUGACUGCCGGUCUCGCAUUCCCAAGCUCAUGGAUGAAUGGAAGGCCUAUUUUGAAUAUCUGUUAUCUACAGAACAUGAAGCUGGGAGCCCUGCAACGUUCUCCUUCAAACUGGAUGAUGCGCUCCACCUCAUGUGGAAUGCACAUGUCAGCUCCAUUGCUUGUGCGCUGCCCAAGUUCCAGGACAGCUUAAAAUAUUUUUCUGACCCAGAAGCAAAUUUUAGUGAAGACUGGGCUAAUGGUGUUGAUUUCAUUGCGGCCACACACUUCUCUACAGAUCUACUGACCACAAAUACCUUCCAGGCUUCCCUGCCCCAGAGGAUGCUUAUUGAAGGGGAUGUCCCCCCAUCCAUUAGUGACUUCAGUCCACAGCAAAACAGAGUCCUGCUUUCACUGAGAGCUCUUCACAGAGCAAAUCAACUGACAG